ACUAGACAGAUUCACUACCGCUACCGGAAUACAGAAAUCAGUGUACGGGUGAGCCUCAGCAGCUUACCUGUCCUCCAUUUCUCAUCCCAAUUGGAGGUGAAGUAGCGGCUAGAAUAGCGUCACUUGUUGUGUCUUCUGCUCCAAUGGAGGCAGCGGUACUGACCCACGCGAUGAUGCCGGAGGUGGACUGCAACAGCAACACCCUGGACGCCGAGCUGGAGGUGAAGAAGCUGCAGCAGCUGGUCCGGAAGCUGGAGCGGCAGAACCAGCAGCUGAGGACCCGCGCGAGUAGCUGUUCGGGCGGCCCGCAUGUGCUGCCUCCAUCCUCGGCGUGCGUGCAAGGCAGCGCCGGAGGAUUCUGCCUCCCCAGCCCGGUGCACACCCUGCAGUGUCAGUCGUCUUUGGGGUCAUUCGCGCCCCCGGAGGAGACUUUCGACUAUUUCCACCCGCACUCCGGCGGGGAUGGAGCCGCUGCUGCGGGGGAGGACGGAUCCGAGCCGUCGGUUCUGGACGAGCUGGAACUUUUGGAUUUUGAUUCUCUGUGCUGCUCAGACGAGUCUGAUGAAACAUGGUUGUACGUGUCAUCAAAAGCCGGCGAGUCCACAGAUGACUCCCUCACAACUCUGCAGUGGUGCCGGCAGGUGCUCGACUGUCCCAAAUCUGAGGUGGAGGCCGCCAGGAGAUCCCUGUCCCUCCGACUGGAACAAGUCUCCAGGUGGCGUAGCUGCCUGUCCACCCCCUCUCCCACCUCGUCCCCCGGCACUCCUCUGAGCCGAGUGUCCGCACUCACUUCUUCCCCUUCAGCCAAACCCUGCUCCACUCCCCAGUCGUCCGACAGACAUGUUCCAUCCCUCCCCUCUCCGCUCCACCCCAUCCUUCACCGGACGCUGAGUCCUGUCGGGAAGGAUCUGUCUCCUGCAUCUGAGAGGACUCCCACGUUCUUCCCAGCGCACCGCAAAGGCCGCGGCCUCCGGCGCUCCGGCCUCAGUCCCCAGUCAUCCAUCGACAGUGACCUCGGAUCUUCAGAGGUGGAGGACGACUCCAUCUCUCUGGGAUACAAACUGCAAGACCUCACCGACGUCCAGGUCAUGGCCCGACUGCAGGAGGAGAGUCUAAGGCAGGACUACGCCAGCACAUCAUCCGUCCUGGCCAACCGCCGCAGCCAGAGCUUCACCUUCCAGCUCAGCCAGCUCAGCGCCGGCCCCGACCUGGAGGAGGAAGACGAGGAGGACGACGAAGACUACGGCCUCCUGCCCCCACCGCAGCCGCGCCUCACCCGCCUGCCGCACUCCCACACUUUCUCCAGCAUCCGAGACUGGCGAAGAAGCACCAGCUGCCUGUCCACGCCACCUUCCACUCCCUCCACUCCCCCUCACCUCUCCGCUGGCUUCGCCUUUCAACCUCCGCUCCACGCCCAGCCUCAGGGACUGGGCAGCCUCUGCACGGCCGAGCAGCACGGCUUCAGGCCAGGGUCAGCCGAAUACGAGAAUAUGCUGCGGAGGAGCAUGCCUAACCUUGUCAGAGCUCCCAGCAUGCCUAGUGUGCCCAUUCCAACCAAUCCUAGUGCUUCCCUUUGUUUGCUUCGUAACAGCCAGAGUUUUGAUUCGUCCAGUGGGCUGGCUCGACUGCAGUCCUCCAUCCCCUCUCCAGGCCAGCUGCAGAACAGAGUCCAGAGCGUCGGGAACUUCUCCUCGAUGUCACGGCAGCCGCUGAAGGCCACCGCCUACGUCAGUCCCACCAUCAAGGGCUCGGCCGCCAUGCCGACCUCCACCAGCCUCCACUGUCUGAACAGCAGCAGCGGGGGAAACAGCGGGGUGGGCAGUGGCAUCCCUAUGCUCAGUAAACCUCCUGGUGGAGGGGGGACGUCCAUUUCCACCCCAAACACGCCCCGCCGCAGCCUGCCCCGCCCCGCCUCUUUUGUCAGCACCCCUAACUCCACCCCCCGCAAGGUGGCCCAAUCAGCACGAAGUUUACUGACGCCUCCAAAGAGCUUGUCCACCCUCAGUGCCCUGCGUGACAGCACCUGGAGGGACGGCUGCUACUGACGGGUGAAGUGGUGCUGCAGUGGAACCCCGCUGGCUGGGGUCGCGCUCUACACCUCAACAUGAACCUUUUCCUCGGGGACAUCCGCGCGGGUUUGACCAAAAAGUAACCUUAACAUCUGCAUAAAUCCUGCAUAGAAUAGUUUCUAUCUGAACUGAUCUCUCAUGUCAUUCAUUCAAAUUCUAUGCAGAAUUUGUCCGGGGGAGGCGGGUUGUUCUUUCUGGACAUGAUUUUACCGACAGCUUGACUUUGGUCCGUGCCAAGAGGGAGUCGUUCCCUGAUGCUCUUGUGUGCAAUAACCCACUGGCUGUGGGGUGCCAGUAAGACUAACCUGCUAAAGAGGGCUGCCAGUUUUUAUGAAAUGAGCCUCGCAUUACUGUAUUUAUUUAUAUAUUUAUUUUAAAGGACAUUUUUAACUAAUCAGGUGUUUCCGCUCUGGCAACGCGUGCCAAAGAUGCUGCUAAAAAUGAAUCAGUUCCUGUUGGUUUGGGCACAUUUGGUCUAAUUUAUACAAAACAUUAAAGUAUGUAUUUGUGUACAAAGCUAACUAUUAAGUGUGCUCUCUCUAUAUAUAUUUAUUUAUCAUUGCAUUUUUUGACUGUUUACCAUGGCGUCACAACACUGCAUAUUAACACUUUGGGAUUUGUUCUUGUUGCACUUUGUUGAAAUCUCUGAACUUAUUGAUAUUUUUAUGUUCUGUUUACUAAUGUUUGCACUUCCUUUUGCAUUUGAUCGAUAUGGAUUUCUGGGAAAAGUACUUAGUGAAAUGUUUUUUGGGAGAUUUCACGGUUAUACACGGCAUAAUGUAGCACCCUGUUUGUAAUGUUGUGUUUUUAAAUGACUGUCACAAAAACCUGACACUUUUGUUACUGUGAUGAACUGAAUGAGUGAAACAUUUUAAUAAAACGCUGAAU